AUGGCCGACCCCAUCAUGGACCUCUUCGACGACCCCAAUCUUUUCGGCCUCGACCCCCUGACGGACGAAACCUUCGCCCCCCCCUCCCACGACCCCAUCGAAGAAGCUUUGGGACCCUUUGCCCCCCCAAAACCCCCCGACCCCCCCCAACCCCAACUUCCCCCCGAGCAAGAUGUCCUCAGUCAAGGCAACCCCUUCAUGGGGGUCUCCGCCGCUUGCCCCCACGCCCCUUCUUCGUCAUCGGGGGUCCCCCAGCCCCCCAAAAUCGUCAUCCUCAAAGCCCCCCCGGGGGGGGGCGACGACGGGGGGGCCCCCCCAAUCGCCGCCGUCCCCCCGCCGGGGACGACGACGACCCCCAACGGUGGGAAGGUGACAUUCGCCAAGGUUUUAACCGGCGCCCCCCAACUUCGUCCCGGCGUUUCCAUCGUUACCGGUAACGCCGCCACCGUUUUAACGGGGAAAGUCCCGCCGCCGCCUGCCGCCGUUCACCGAUUGGUUCCGGGAAGACCCGUCAAACAGUUGGUGUUGCAACCGGUUAAGGCGGGGGGGGCCGACCCCCUAAAACCCGCCGUCACCCUCACCUCGGCGCCGGCGCAGGGCGAAUCGAAACGCAUCACGCUGGUCCUCCAACAGCCGCCGGGCGGUCCCGCGCCCCCCGGCCAACGCCACGUGGUUUUGGGCAGUUUGCCGGGCAAGAUCGUCUUGCAGGGCAACCAAUAGGCCGCCCUCGGUCAAGCCAAAGGGACGCGGGGUCAACCCGCCAAGGUUGUCACCAUCCAACUCCAGGUUCAACAACCACGCCGGCAACCGGGUGCUCCCCAGAAGAUCCAACUCCUCCAACAACCCGCCGGCGGGCAACCGGCUCCCGUGGCCGUCUCUUCCGUGCCGCAGGUGGUGGGAGGCGCGGGGCAGAGGUUGACGGUGCCGUUGAAGGUGGUCUUGCAGCCCCAGGCGGGCUCAUCUCAGGGGGGUUCUCCCGGUCUCUCGGUGGUGAAGGUCCUGAGCAGCAGCGAGGUGGCCGCCCUGACCGGCCCCGGUUCGCGCGGCGCUUCGGAGGAGAGCCGCAAACUGGAACACCAGAAAAAACAGGAGAAAGCCAACCGCAUCGUGGCCGAGGCCAUCGCCCGCGCCCGAGCCCGGGGCGAGCAGAACAUCCCUCGCGUCCUCAACGAGGACGAGCUGCCCAGCGUCCGGCCGGAGGAGGAGGGCGAGCGCAAACGCCGGCGGAAAGGGACCGGCGAACGCGGGGGACCCAAGGAGGAGAGACCCCGCAAGGGGAAGGGUCAGGGUGGUUCCGGCAAGAGCAAGGGGCGCAGCAAACCCAGCACCAUCACGCCGGUGGUGGGGAAGAAACGCAAACGCAACGCCUCCUCCGACAACUCGGACGCCGAGGUGACGGCGCAGUCGCCGCGGGACGAAGAAGAAACCAGCGUGCAGAAGCGCCGGUCGAACCGGCAGGUCAAGCGUAAGAAGUACACGGAAGAUUUGGAUAUCAAGAUCACCGACGAUGAGGAGGAUGAAGAGCUGGACGUGACGGGGCCGAUCCGACCGGAGCAACCCCCGGUGCCGCAGCCCCCCGCCCCGGAGCCGGAGCCGGAAGGCGAGACGUUGCCCUCCAUGCAGUUUUUUGUGGAAAACCCCAGCGAGGAGGACGCGGCCAUCGUGGACAAGGUCCUCUCCAUGAGGGUGGUGAAGAAAGAGCUCCCGUCGGGGCAGUUGACCGAAUCGGAGGAGUUUUUCGUCAAGUAUAAGAACUACUCUUAUCUCCACUGCGAGUGGGCCACCAUCGACCAGCUGGAGAAGGACAAGAGGAUCCACCAGAAGCUGAAGCGUUUCAACAAAAUGACUCAGAUGCGACACUUCUUCCACGAGGAUGAAGAACCGUUCAACCCCGACUACGUGGAGGUGGAUCGCAUCUUGGACGAGUCCCACAGCGUCGACAAAGACAACGGGGAGCCGGUGGUCUACUACCUGGUGAAGUGGUGCUCCCUACCCUACGAGGACAGCACUUGGGAGCUCAAAGAGGACGUAGACGAGGGGAAGAUCGGCGAAUUCAAGCGUAUCCAAGCCCGGCACCCGGAACUCAAGCGCUUGCCCCGUCCCCAAGCCGGUUCCUGGAAGAAGCUGGAGCUCUCCCACGAGUACAAGAACCACAACCAGCUGCGCGAAUAACUGGAAGGGGUCAACUGGUUGCUCUUCAACUGGUACAACAGGCGAAACUGCAUUUUGGCCGACGAGAUGGGUUUGGGCAAGACCAUCCAAUCCAUCGCUUUCCUGCAAGAGGUCUACAACGUCGGUAUCCGCGGUCCUUUCUUGGUCAUCGCCCCGCUCUCCACCAUCACCAACUGGGAACGGGAGUUCAAUACUUGGACGGAGAUGAACAGCAUCGUCUACCACGGCAGUUUGGCCUCCCGGCAGAUGAUCCAACAGUACGAGAUGUACUGCAAGGACUCGCGGGGUCGGCUCAUCCCCGGAGCCUACAAAUUCGACGCUCUCAUCACCACCUUCGAGAUGAUCCUCUCCGACUGUCCCGAGCUGCGGGAGAUCGAGUGGCGGUGCGUCAUCAUCGACGAGGCCCACCGCCUGAAGAACCGCAACUGCAAGUUGCUCGACAGCCUCAAGCACAUGGAUCUGGAACACAAAGUCCUCUUGACGGGCACCCCCCUCCAAAACACGGUGGAGGAGCUCUUCAGUCUCCUGCACUUCCUGGAGCCCUCCCAGUUCCCUUCUGAAGCAGAGUUCCUCAAGGACUUCGGGGAUCUCAAGACGGAGGAGCAGGUGAGGAAGCUCCAGGCCAUCCUCAAGCCCAUGAUGCUCCGUCGGUUGAAGGAGGACGUGGAGAAGAACCUGCGCGCCAAACAGGAGACCAUCAUCGAGGUGGAGUUGACCAACAUUCAGAAGAAAUACUACCGGGCCAUCUUGGAGAAGAACUUCUCCUUCCUCUCCAAAGGCGCCGGUCACACCAACAUGCCCAACUUACUCAACACCAUGAUGGAGCUGCGCAAGUGCUGCAACCACCCCUACCUCAUCAACGGCGCGGAGGAGAAGAUCUUGGCCGAAUUUCGGGAGUCUUGCCACCACCACGUGCCCCACGACUUCCACCUCCAGGCCAUGGUCCGCUCGGCCGGCAAGCUGGUGCUCAUCGACAAGCUGCUGCCCAAGCUGAAGGCCGGCGGCCACAAGGUGCUCAUCUUCUCCCAGAUGGUCCGAUGCCUCGACAUCUUGGAGGACUACCUCAUACCCCGUAGGUACCUCUACGAGCGGAUCGACGGACGGGUACGGGGCAACCUCCGACAAGCCGCCAUCGACCGCUUCAGCAAACCCGACUCGGAUCGUUUCGUCUUCCUCCUCUGCACGCGGGCGGGUGGUUUGGGCAUCAACCUCACCGCCGCCGACACCUGCAUCAUCUUCGAUUCCGAUUGGAACCCCCAAAACGACCUCCAGGUACUCCGCAGGUGUCACCCGGAUCGGCAGAGCAAGGCGGUGAAGGUCUACCGCCUCAUCACCCGUAAUUCCUACGAGCGGGAGAUGUUCGACAAGGCCAGCCUCAAGUUGGGGUUGGACAAGGCGGUGCUGCAGUCCAUGAGCGGACGGGAGGGCAACAUCGCCGGGAUCCAGCAGUUCUCCAAGAAGGAGAUCGAGGACCUGCUGCGGAAAGGGGCCUACGCGGCCAUCAUGGAAGAGGACGACGAAGGUUCCAAGUUCUGCGAGGAGGACAUAGACCAGAUCCUCCUGCGCCGUACCACCACCAUCACCAUCGAGAGCGAGGGGAAGGGUUCCACCUUCGCCAAGGCGAGUUUCGUGGCUUCCGAAAACCGCACCGACAUCGCUUUGGAUGAUCCCAACUUCUGGCAGAAGUGGGCUAAGAAAGCCGACCUGGACCUGGACCUGCUGAACAGCAAGAACAACCUGGUGAUCGACACGCCUCGGGUGCGCAAGCAGACGCGGCAUUUCAGUACGCUGCGGGACGACGACCUGGUGGAAUUCUCCGAUCUGGAAAGCGAGGACGAGGAGAGACCUCGCUCCCGUCGCCACGACCGGCACCACCACGCGUUGCACCACGCCUACGGCCGCACCGACUGCUUCCGGGUGGAGAAGCACCUCCUGGUCUACGGCUGGGGCCGAUGGCGGGAGAUCCUGUCCCACGGGCGCUUCAAGCGACGUCUUUCGGAGCGUGACGUGGAAACCAUCUGCCGGGCCAUCCUGGUCUACUGUCUCCUCCACUACCGAGGCGACGAGAACAUCAAAGGUUUCAUCUGGGACCUCAUCAGCCCCACCGAAAACGGCAAGGCCAAGGAGCUCCAAAACCACUCGGGUCUUUCCAUCCCCGUUCCUCGAGGGCGUAAAGGGAAGAAAGUCAAAUCCCAAAGCACCUUCGACGUCCACAAAGCCGAGUGGAUCCGCAAGUACAACCCCGACACCCUCUUCCAAGACGAGAGCUACAAGAAGCACCUCAAGCACCAGUGCAACAAGGUUCUGCUGAGGGUGCGGAUGCUCUACUACCUGCGGCAGGAGGUGAUCGGGGACCAGGCGGAGAAGGUGCUGGCGGGGGCGGUGGCCAGCGAGAUCGAUAUCUGGUUCCCGCUGGUGGAGCAACUGGAGGUACCGACCGCUUGGUGGGACGCCGAAGCCGACAAAUCCCUCCUCAUCGGGGUCUUCAAACACGGCUACGAGAAGUACAACACCAUGCGCGCCGACCCCGCUCUCUGCUUCUUGGAGAAAGCCGGCCGCCCCGACGAGAAGGCUAUCGCUGCCGAGCAGCGCUUGGACGUCGGGGAAGGCGUGGAUUUCGAUAAGGACUGCGAGGACCCCGAAUAUAAGCCCCUCCCGGGGACGGCCAAGGAAGUGGACGACGAGGCCGACCCCCUGAUGCUGCUGGACGAGGAGAUCUCCGUGGUGGACGGGGACGAAGGCCAACCCCCCCAACCGGGCCAACCCUCCUGGCCGCCGGGUUCGGUGCUGACGGCCCGGUUACGCCGCCUGAUCACCGCCUGCCAGCGUUCCUACCAACGGGAACAGCUCCGGGUGGAGGCGGCCGAACGGGGGGACCGGCGCCGGCGCCGCUGCGAAGCCGCCUGCAAGCUGAAGGAGAUGGCCAGGAGGGAGAAACAGCAGAGGUGGACCCGUCGGGAACAGGCGGAUUUUUAUCGGGUGGCCUCCAGUUUCGGGGUGGAGUUCGAUCCGGAGGGCGGCCGUUUUCGGUGGGGCCGCUUCCGCGCCUUGGCCGGUUUGGAGAAGAAGACGGACGAGAACCUCACCAAGUUCUUCCACGGUUUCGUCGCCAUGUGCGCGCAGGUUUGCCGCCUGCCCCCGCCCCCGGGUGGGGAACCGCCCGACCCCUCGGUGCCGGUCUCGCCCGUCUCGGCCGGCCGGGCCUCCCGCGCCCUUCGCCGUUUGGCGCUCCUCCGCCUCCUGCGGGAGCAGGUGCUGCGGCACCCUUUGCUCCCCGCCCGCUGCUCUGCCCCCGCCCCCGGCCCCGCCCUCCCGCCCUGGUGGCAACGGGGACACCACGACGGCGAACUCUUACGAGGAGCCGCCCGGCACGGUUUGGCGCGACCGGAAGCCGCCAUUUUAGGAGAUCCCGAGUUCUCUUUCGGCGCGGCCAGUGGCGUUAUUUGCGGGCGCAGGGCGGGGGCGGGGCGACGCCCGUACCCCCCUCUUCCACCUCAACCCCCCCCAAAUCAUCGGGCGGCGCCGGCGGCGGUGGCACCGGCGCCGCCGGGGGAGGAGGAGGACUCGGAGGCGGAGAAGCUGUCGGCGUCGCUCACCGAAUCGUCGUCCUGCGAGGAGGACAGCGACGACGAUAGGGGUGCGGAGCCCUCUUGUGGGGACCGAGCCCUUAUCCGCCGGCUGGACCUGGUGUGCCAAGCGGUGCUGUCGGGGGAGUGGCCGGCGGAAGAUUUUGGGGGGCCCCCCGGGGGGCCCACCGCCGACCCCCCCCCGUACCCCCGUCUGCGCCACGAGGAGAAGGAGUUCACCGUCCAGAUCAAAGACGUGAAGGGGCUCAAAUUGACCUUCCAGAAGCAUCGGUUGGUCCCCAACGGGGCGAUGCGGGACCCCCCCGGCCAUAAGAAGAACAGCAAGAAGUUGGUGGAGCUGGAGCUGCGGUGCCUGGAGGGGCUGCGGGACCCGGGGGGGGACCCCGAAAAGCGUCAGGGGGGGAGACGCAGCUGCACCCCGACUUCGCCCGGGAGCACCGCGGCCCCACG